UUCAAAAAUUACUCGUACCAUUUUUACCCCCCUCCCCCACGUGUGAAGACAACCUUGUUCUCCUCUCCUCUCUUCACUCUUCGCGUCUCGUUCUUUUUUUCUUCCGUAACGAGCUCAACGCAGAGCCCAAGCCAAGCUCCUCUCUUCUAAAUCAAUGAAUUUUGAUGGCGUUUUGGACAUAACCAUAUGCGAUACUACAGCCAACGGCUUUUGGGCUGAAUGGGAUCAAAUGACCGGAGCUUCCCAAGGUGAAGGACAGAUUUCGGUGAGAGACAAAGUUGAUGGAGAAACGGCGGCGGCCAUGGAUGACGUCCCUGAGCUUGAUGAAGAAAUUCAGCAAAAUGAGAGUGAAGUUGGUUCUAUAAAAGCUCCGGAUGUUGGUAUGGAAUUUGAUAGCAAAGAAGCGGUGUAUGAUUUUUACAAGACGUAUGGGAAGCGUUUAGAAUUUCCUAUAAGAAUUGGGAGUACAAUGAAACACAAAAAUGGAGUACAUAUAGUGGGAGUGUUACUAGAGUGUUCGUGUCCCGGUAGUAGAUCUAGUAAGUCAAAAAUCAAUUGAAGACUCAACCUUCAAUGCAAAUGGGGUGCGGAGCAAGAAUACGAGCACACACAAAUUAUGCGGGACUUUGGGAAAUUUAAAAAACCUGUCUUGAGCGUACCCAUCCUAUGAGUCCAACGAAGCCUCACCUAUUCCGGUGCAAUAGGACUUUGACUCCCCAAAUAAGGAGGCAACUUCAAAUCAACGAUGUGGCCGGAAUACGACUUCAUAAAACCUUCAAUUCAGCCGUUGUUCAAGCCGGUGUAUAUGAUCAACUUCAUUUUAUUGAAAAAGAUUGUAGGAGUUAUAUUAAUAAGGUGAGACAACUUAGGUUAGGGAGCGGUGAUGUCAUGGCAAUUCAAGGGUUCGUUGCUUCAAUGCCCCGGAUUUUCUUUACCCUUGACUUAGAUGAGGAGUCCCAAUUGCUUUAUGUGUUUUGGGUCGACAAUCGAUGUAGAUAUGCAUAAAAAUAUUUUGGAGAUGUCAUCAUGUUUGAAUGAGACAAGUUAAAUGGAUUGUCACAUUCACA